GACGCCAUCGACGUCAUAUUGCUGAAUUGAACGCAAAAUUUUCAUUAAUUCAUUUAUAUCUAGUAUUAAGUUAAUUGUUCGCCGAAGCUUUUAAAUAAUUGCAUAAUUAAAGUAAAUCGUUUCAAAUAUUUCGCCCUAGUGAUUGGAAAAAAACUUGGAAAAUGCUGGGGUCCGGUGAUGGUGCGCACAUUAUAAAGUUGCGUGGUUUACCUUUCUCCACGUCUGUUGAGGAUGUCCUCGACUUUCUAAGCGGGGUCAAUAUUUUAAAUGGCAAAGAGGGUAUCCAUUUAACUGAAGUUAGACCAGGCAGGCCAUCGGGAGAAUGCUUUGUAGAAGUGGAGAGCCAAGAGGAUGUGGAUGAAGCUUUGAAGAAGGAUAAAGAGAAUAUGGGCAAAAGAUAUAUAGAGGUAUUUUCUACUGACCGUCAAGAUAUGGAAUGGGCUCUGAAUGCAAUGCGUCAGAGUGAGAAUGGCUUUGAUAGCAUACCAAAUGUCUCUGAUGAUUAUGGCAUUGUUAAACUAAGAGGCUUACCUUUUGGCUGCUCCAAGGAAGAGAUUGAGUUAUUUUUUGAUGGGUUGUCGGUGGCCCAAGACGGGGUGCACUUGCUAUCGGACCACACGGGGCGGGCCUCGGGCGAGGCGUUUGUUUACUUCGUUGACAAGCAGAGCGCUCAAGACGCUCUCGGCAGGGACAGGGAGAAAAUAGGACACAGGUACAUUGAGGUGUUCAUAAGCGCUCCCGAUGAAGUGCGCGCUUACGCAUCCCGGAUGGAGGGUGGCGGGUUCAAGUCCUCGCGAGGCUAUCGGCCCACGCCUUACGAUCGCAACGACAGAUACUCCGGCGGACGCUUCGGCGGCAGAGGAGGCAGGGGCGGGUCUUUCGGAAGAGGUGGCGGAGGCGCUCCCUAUAUCGGAGGACGCAUCGGUGGUGGACGCCGCGGCUCGUGCCACUGCGUGCACAUGCGCGGACUACCAUUCAAAGCUUCGCCUCAGGAUAUCGCCUACUUCUUCAAGCCGAUUCGACCGAUGAACAUCAACAUCCUGUACGACAACAGCGGUCGACCUUCGGGGGAGGCCGAUGUCGAAUUCGAAUGUCACGAAGAUGCUAUGAGGGCAAUGAGACGGGAUAAAAACAACAUGGAACAUCGCUAUAUCGAGCUCUUCAUGAAUUCAUCCCCCGGUGGCGGCGGUGGUGGUGGCGGCGGCGGCGGCGGCGGCGGUUUCAAGCCGAACCGCACCUUCAGAAACUACUGAUAUGAUGGGUCUGGGCAUAAUGUUAUACAUUAUUUGUACAUGGAGAGGCCAACAUUUGACAAUCUAAACUAUUAAUAAAACUGAUGAGUUUGUAACUUUAUUUUGUUUGAAUCCCCUUUAUGGGGAUGAAAGGUAUGCAAGUUCAUCGAUAUAUAAAAUAGUUGUUCAGGUGGAUAAUUAAAAUGGUAAAAUAAAAAUUUCGUUUCCAAAUGGGUUGAAUACCUAUGAAUAUGAAUUUAUAUAUCCUUUCAAAGUCAAAUUCAAAGUGACUGUAUGCGGCGGCUUAUUUUCUAUUCGCUUAAAAAAUCAGGUAUCUGUUUAAGUUCAGUAGUUAAAGCGGUACACAAUACAUCGUUUUUGAUAUUAUGUUAUCGAUAUAUCAAUAUGAUAUAUUUUUAUAAUUACAAAAUUACCUUGUUUUUGUACCUUUGGCCGAAAAAAGUUUGCCGAUCUAUGUACAAUAAUACUUUACGUCCAUUACGUACGAGAAACAACAAGAAUAUUUUGUAUUUUUUCUUUUCUUAUUAGACGUAUUACUUGCCUUUACCAUUAAAAGUAAAAAUUUGGAAACAUGGUGUAUGAAGUCCUUAAACCAUAUUAUCUGGAGUCGCAAGUAAACUAAACUUGUUGUUUUUUGUAUUGGUUUCUUGUUUUAAACGAUAUGCAGGAAACCAUAAACACUAAGAUGCAAAUAAACACAUUUUUUUCUCUGUCGUUUA